GAACUUAAUAAGAUAUAGAAAAGUUAUGAAUCGUGGUAUAAAAAUGAGACUUACAUAUUUUAUUUUAUUAUUGCUUUGUACCUUUUGUUCAAGAAUUCAUGCAGACCAAAACAACACUGCUCCAAAUGGAUUUCAAACUAUUAUUUCUGAUUUAUUGAAGAACUUUGGUUUAGCUAUUAAAAAUUCAAGCUAUCCUGAUUCUCCAAAUAUUGACUUACAGUCUCUUUUCAACAACGGGAAUGGACCCAAUACUCUUGGUCCAAUUAUUCAAACAGUUUCUGGAUUAUUAUUUCCGGGGAGAGCACACGCUGACAAUGCACCGGUGGACCUAGCGGCGCUUACUUCCAAGGCUUCGUCCUUGGCACUGCAGAGCUUGGGUGUGUCUCCAGGCUGUAGUAACGACUUGUUGCUGCUUCUGCAAGGACUGAUGGGAAGAGAGGGCUGGGCGUUGACAGUCUUAGAUGCAUUUGGAAAGCCUGACAGCGGUAUAAUGCAGGGUCGGAUCUGGUUCCCUGGUGGAUUUGAUGAAUGUCAAGGCGUUGACACCUCUGUUUACAAUAACGCCACGAAGACGACGGACCAAUUUACGGGCAAAUACUGCCGUCUAGACAUUCCCACUGACUUUUCGUCGUUUGAUCCGGCGGCUGAGAGCAAGAUUCGAGUUGGUUUGUGUGUGUCAGGCAGAUGCAACGUUGCCGAUCUAAACAAACUAAUUGAAGCCGUACAAAGUACAUUGUUCAAUGGGACUACCAAUGCAGACAUAACAGCAGUGUGUGAUGAGCCUUUGCGGCUCGAAUCGGAUGCCAUAGGAUGCUUGUGCUUCCUUGCUGUUUUAGGUGCUUUCAUAUUGUUAGGAACACUUUACGAUAUCCUGGCUGUCCAAAUGAAAAUAAAAACGGACAAUGCAUGUAAAGUACCACAUAAGCCAACGGUUGACACGGGUAUUAAUGACCUACCUACUGUUUAUACAGUGAAGGCUGACAAGCAUGUCAACAUCGGCAAACCAAGUAUUGAACCUGUCUCACAACAAUACAGCUAUGGAACAAUGGAAAGGAUCUUGCUUGCAUUUUCCGUCUACACUAAUGGUGUAAAGAUCCUGAAUACUGACCAGAGAGAGGGGUCUCUAGGGGCCCUGAACGGUAUCAGGUUCUUGAGCAUGGCCUGGGUUAUCCUUGGACAUACUCUUGUUUUCGCCAUAGGGCUUGAUGCAAAUUUGUUCCAGUUUGCCUAUGAACAGGAAUCUUACGUUUAUUUCUGUGCGAUUAUGUACGCGACCGUGUCAGUUGACUCUUUCUUCACCCUGAGUGGCGUCCUUGUGGCAUACCUGACCUUGCGAGAAUUGAAGAAAGUGGGCGGCGCAAAGCGUCUCAAUUGGCUCAUGUUCUAUUUCCAUAGGUUUUGGAGACUGACCCCGCCCUAUAUGCUGGUUUUGAUGUUUGGAACGGUGCUAUCUCCAUAUUUGAUAAUGGGGCCGCUACGCCUUACCAAUGACAUAAUGGGGGAAUGUCGCAAAAACUGGUGGACCAAUCUGCUAUAUAUCAACAACUACGUGGAACUGGACCACUGGUGUAUGGGAUGGAGCUGGUACCUGGCUAACGACAUGCAGUUCUACAUCAUCAGCCCACUCAUUCUGCUUCCGCUCUUUUAUAAUGUGUUUGCCGGGGCAGUAUCGUGUCUUGUGUUUCUCUCGGCCUCGUUAGCUGCUCGAUGGGUUAUCGCGUACCAUCAUGAGUAUCCUGUGCAGGGCAUGCUGCCGGACGCACCGCAACCGAAAGAUGGAAACUCGAUGAAGAAUCUAUAUGCCCCUAGUCUGACCCGGCUUGGACCUUACAUAGUGGGGCUAUUUGCAGGCUACCUGCUCUAUAAAACAAAUAGAAAACUAAAAAUCCCAAAGUCGCUCAACCUGUUGCUGUGGUUCUUGAGCUUUGCCACGUUCUGCCUGGUGGUAUAUGGACCAUACUCACGAGACGGUAACCACAUAUUCAGUUUGGGGGAGUCGUCGGCCUACACCGCCCUGUCUCGCACCGCCUGGGGCGUGGCUCUUGCCUAUCUGAUAAUCGCAUGCUGCACCGGCCACGGAGGUUGGAUAAAUGAUCUGCUUUCGUGGCCGGGAUUCAUUCCAUUGAGUCGCCUGACCUACUGUGCAUAUCUUAUACACCCUCUCGUUAUGAUUACCUUCCACACAAGCAGACGACAGCUCACAUACUUCACACAGUUUGAACUGAUCUACCUGUUUCUUGGUCACAUGACUUUGACCUACGGUUUGAGUUUCAUUGUGUCUCUCGUGUUCGAGGCGCCAAUGAUGGGGUUGGAGAAAGCCGUCCUCGGAAAAGGCAGAAAAUAGGUGGAAGUCGGAUACAUGACCACUACUAUCGGUUGGACACAGAUUUUUAAGAUUUUUUUUUAUCUGACAUUGCUUUCAUUUUAAUUUUAAUCCAUUGAAAACUACAGAAUGAAUGUAUGUUUACCGUUUUUUUUUAUUCUUAUUUAUAUCUGUCUUUAAAGCACACACUUUAAAUCA